GGAUGGCGGGGGCUACGCCGGGUGCCGUCGCGGAGGAGGACUUCUUCGGGAAUGUGGCCGAGUGGGGCGACGAGGCGGACGGCGGCCAGCAGCAGGAGGAGGACUUUGGCGAGGGUGAGGAUGACACCGAGGUCCAGCUGGAGUGCCUGCACAAGUUCUCCACCCGGGAUUAUAUCAUGGAGCCAUCCAUCUUCAACACGCUGAAGAGGUAUUUCCAGGCCGGAGGGUCUCCUGAGAACGUCAUCCAGCUCCUGUCCGAGAACUACACCGCUGUGGCCCAGACUGUGAACCUGCUGGCCGAGUGGCUCAUCCAGACAGGUGUGGAGCCUGUGCAGGUUCAGGAGACGGUGGAAAACCACCUGAAGAGUCUACUCAUCAAACAUUUUGACCCCCGCAAAGCAGAUUCCAUCUUCACGGAGGAAGGCGAG